CGUUCAUUUGACAGUGCACGAUUUCUCCUAUCCUCGAAAAACACGAACAUUGGGGUGUUUUGUGUUUCCUCUACACAUAAAUUCAUUUAUUUUUGCAGUAAAACUGCGAGUUUUAUCGUGCAAUUGCGCGCAGAAAAGCGUCUGAGAUACCAACUGUGAUGUGCAAACGUUAGUGAUCGCAACGAAAAUGAUCGAACACGAGCAAUGCAUGAAUCUUACGGACAAUAAGAUGCUGGAUCACGAGGAAUUCUUGAAUCGCAUCAAGAAAACGCUAUACUAUGGAUCAUCGACAGUGAAGUGCACCAAAAUAAGCCGGCCCCUGGCGGAUUAUGCAGCGGAUACCUUUUCCGAGUCGCACCGGGGGCAUUCGCUGAGUCGGCUCAAUUUUGUCACAGUUGGUAAUCUCACGGUAACGCCAUGUUCCCUCAUACUGGCAAUGAUCUAUUUGGAUCGGCUGAAUACCAUUGACCCGGCGUACGCGAGAAGAAUUACACCGUCGGAACUAUUUAUAGUGUCUAUGAUGGUUUCAACCAAAUUCUAUUGCGGCUACGACGAGGAUAUAUACUUAAGUGCCUGGGCCGAAUCUGGAAACAUGACGGUGGAUCACAUGAAAGAACUGGAGCUUGAAUUUCUGGAUGCAAUAGGUUGGAAGGUGUACGUGUCGAAUCAGGAAUUUUUCGAAAAGCUCAAGUCGGUGGAGAAGAUCCUUGCGAAGCGGCAAGGUCUCUCACGCGGUUGGCUUACUUACACAGAGCUGAUUAACUUUCUUCCAACGAUGACACUGGCGAAGCAAAUCCUCAAUUACAGCACCGUGAUUGCGCUGAGUUACACCGCCAGCGUCAUGACCAUUGCCGGUGCCUUCUUCUUAGCUAGUAGUAUUAACGUACCUGGAAAUCUUCUAUUCCGGCGGGGAUCUAACGGGAUGUCUGGAACGACCAACGGAACGACAACUUUUGAAGUUGCCGACCCGUCCUUGCAGGCUCAAAAUUGCAGCCUCCCAGAUGCACCAACAGGCACACUAGAACAAUCUCUACCACUGGAAGACUGUGAAUGCUCACUGCAGCUGUCGAUCGAUAGUGCUCAACUUCUCAAUCGUGCUUUUUUCAAUGAUAAUUCAAAUUUUGAACAUCAUCAUCACUACAAGGCUGACUAUAAACAAUUCCCAACCGUUCGGUUUGCUUCAACUGUCGACAGCUAUGGAUCUAUUAUCGACUGGAAGUUUUUAAGAUUUAUCUACCCCUCAUCCGAUGGCAAUAUGAAGGAAGAUGAUGAAAACGCGACUGAAACGCAUAUUUAUAAUCUCAGUCUAACUGAGGAAAGAACGGAAAAUCGCAACUGCACUGAUGAGUUCGACCCGAUGCUGACGUCCGAAGAAAGACUGCAACCCGAAUUGGCUAAGAUUGUUAAACAACCGCCGGGUCAUGGUUAUACGAAGCGAACCUUUGAAAUGUUUAGUUCUAUUUUGAAAUUUUUGUGAGAAUCGAAAAUCAUGGUCGAAAAGGAGCUGUCAUUUCAUCAACGAUAUGAAUAUAUAUUUUUUAUUCCGCUACCAACACUCUUUACGGUGUACUUUAAGUGAAAUUUCCAAUAUGAAAUCUUUUUACUAACCCUUUUUUAAGUCGAAUCAAAAGGCGCAAUUCCGGAAGUAUGAUUAUUACAAUAUUUUGGAUAAAUGUCAUAGAACAUGAAAUUUUACCUUCUAAGCAGGUGUUUCCAUUUUGAAAAUGCAGAAACUUAGUUGGAGUAUUUGAUAUUCCGCAAAAUAUUACCGUACCAGUUGAUUUUUUCAUCAAAAACAAUUAUAUACAAUAUUUUCCUUAUAUUUGGAAGCAAUAAAUUGAUAUUUAUUUUUUGAGCAUUAA